AAAAUAUACUUAGAUAAAAUCAAAAGUAAGAAACCAAUCCAAUCAGUAAUCCAUCUCUCUUUCCACGACUAGAGAAAACUCUGAACCCACCCGUAAGUAAGGAGAGUGAGGAUUCGACUCAGAGAAGAGUGGGAAUCCAAUCUCGUUUGAGCAAUAAUCAACAGUAGACAGGCCUGGCUGCUUAUUUAAAUGAGGUUUGGUUUUGUAAUUGUCGAGGUGGUGCCCAUGUCAUGCAAAUAUUGAUGCAACACAGUCUACAAGUACAACAUGGCUUUGAGAGCAGCAAAUGCAAAGCUUUGCACAUCUCUUCUUCCUGUACCUUGUUGUCUCCUGCAGCAUCGUUCCUGUCACUUGAUCACUUCAUCUCAAAUGUUCCAAGAAACCAUAAGAAAUACGGUUGAAGCCAAAGCAUACGAGAAGAUACCUGAUCUCCUCAUUUCCUCUGCCCAAGCAUGCCAAAACCUCAAUCCUUUCUCAUUCCUUUCAACCUAUCCCAACAACCUUAGAACACAAGUGGUUGAUCAAAUUUUGCAGUCUUUCAUCCCUCUAAGGCCUCGUUCUAGAGCGCAGAUUACUUAUUCCUGCCUCCUUUCAUUUACACUCCAAAGCUCCAAUCCCUUCCCUCUUGCUCUUGCUAUUCUCCAACGAACUCUUCGCUCUGGCUGCGUCCCUGUCCCCCAAACCCUUCUUCUCCUCUCUUCUGCUUGGAUGAACUGCCGGAAAGAAUCUCUGUCUGUGUCUGAGAUCUUAUUGGAUAUGCAGUCAAUUGGAUAUCAUCCUGACUGUGGAGUGUGCAAUUACCUGAUAUCUUCUUUGUGUUCUGUUGAUCAGUUGAAUGAGGCGGUUAAACUCUUAAAGGGUAUGAGUAGGGUAGGAUGUAUUCCUGAUUUGGAGAGUUUUGACACAGUAAUUGGUGCAAUGUGCACUGUCAGAAGAACAGCCGAGGUAGUAGAUGUGAUUAAGCAAAUGGUGGAGAAAGUUGGGUUGACUCCAAGGCAGGGGACAGUUAUGAAAGUGGCAGCAGCAUUGCGAGCAAACAAAGAGAUAUGGAGAGCAGUUGAGAUGAUUGAGUUCUUAGAGAGGGAGGGUUACCCUGUCAGCUGUGAGAGCUAUGAAUUGGUGGUUAACGGGUGCUUGGAUGUGGGUGAGUAUAUUUUGGCGGGGAAGGUUGUGAUUAGGAUGACGGAGAGAGGUUUUAUACCUUAUAUCAGGACCAGACUGAAGGUUGUUGAGAGGUUGGCUGGCGCUGGUGAAUGGGAGCUAGCUUGUUCUGUGAGGCAACGAUUUAGAGAAUUGAAGUCGUAGCUCCCUGUAUUUCUUUGAGGCCAUGGAUUCCAGUUCUUUACGUCGAUGGGAGCUGGUACUCAGUCCAUUUGAAGUAUGGGUUCGAUGUUCCUUUUCUCUGCCACUAAGAUUCUUAAAAGUCUGUUGUCAUUUAAUGGUAAAUUCAUGGUUCUUAAUUCUUAGUGCUAGGGCCAAGAAGAGUUCGAGAUGAAAAAUAACUUCUUGAUAGAGCUGAACAAGUUUGUGCUUGUAAACUUAUUUGGACCCAUAUGUAACAAAAUUUUUAUUUAGCACUAAAAAUAUCAACAUUUUGAAAGAAACCUAAACAGAUAGUUAUGAGAUGAAGUAUUUAUUGUUUUAACAAAGUGAAGGUAGGAUUUGAAGAAUAGGAAAAUUUUCAGCGUAAUUUCAAUAGUAGUCCUCUUGUCUCUAGGCUUGGUAAUUUUUCAGCUUAUUUUUUCUUAGAGUAGCUUUAGGCAUGAUGAAUGGGUUUAGGAUCGAACGAGGAUCCUCUUUGUGAUGUUAUUUCUCUUUCCCAGAAACGAAAUUCCUCUUCUCCUUUUGGAAUAUGAUUGAUAACUUAUAGUUUGGUUUCCCUGUUUCUUUCUUAACCACUUUCUUUUCAAACUCUAAACCGCUGUGAACUAAACUAAACAUUUAUUUGCGUCUGUAUAGAAAACUCAGCAUUUCUCAGAAUAACAAUUGGAACAUGAAUUAAUGAUGAAAUGCUAAUAAGAUAUGCCCAUGUUAUUUGAUAAACUACAUAAUCUCAGUUAAUACGCAUUAUGUUUGAAUUAUUUUCCUUGUUUUCUUUGUACUAAUUGGAAUUCCAUGGUUGCAUAUUUUACCUUGUUACUAUAUAGAAGAAGGUUAAUUUAUCAUACUGCUCAAGCCUGAACAGGGUAGCUAGCCUGCAUGGCAAUGCCGCAAGUACCUUCCUUAUCAGCCGAGUUGCGUGUUAUUCUUACAUAACCAGAUUCACCCCAGUCAAGACCCCAGGAAUUCUUCACAAUCCAGUACUUUUUACCACUAUCUUCUCCAUACCCUACUGCGGUGACUCCAUGGUUGAGAUUCUUUCCACAAUAACCAGUGAAGAUACCUGAAGAAUAGAGUUGAAAACCAUAACUGCCAGCAUCGAUUGCAACAGAGACAGGUUGGCGAGCAACUGCGGCUUGUAGGCUUUUCUCGUUAUUGACAGGGAUAAUCUUCUUCGGUGGAGAGUCCGUUAUCUUUUAUGAAACUAAACGCUUUCUCCAUGAAUCCACCACUACAGCCUUGGUUCCCAGAGUUGACAUCGCAGUCCACAAGUUCUUGCUCUGAUAGUGACACCAAGUUUCCAGUUUUGAUUUUGUUAAUUCCUUCAACAGCUGCUACGGCUGAGAAAGCCCAACAACUUCCUGCAUUGUAAGUGUAGAACUAUCAGACGUUAAUAUGCUCAGCAGGCUGAACAUCAAGGACAUGUGAGUAUUAUCUACAACCCAACUUUUUAUCAUUGUUUGUAUAUCUUAAAGCAAAAACUGUAUUAAGCUUUGGCGUCUUGGUAUUUACUUGGAACAUAAUAGAAUAUACAUUUGUUGUAGAAUAAUUCCAGAAAGUACGAAACUAAACUUAGAAAAGUAAUUCCUGAACCAUCUUCUAGCAGAAAAACUGAAAUUUCAGGAGCAUAAAAAGGGGGAGAAAUAAAACGUAAUUUAUACCACAUUUGCCUUGCUCCUUGAUUGGAGUUACCGCACCACGCUUUCUCCAAUCCACUGUAGUCGGCAAAUCUUCUUCCUUGUCAUAGCUGAACCUCAUCUUUAGAUCUCUCCUAGUUUGGAAACCCAUGUAGUUUGUUGUGAAUUCUAUGUUUGUGAUAUCUGCAAACUUGUUGUCGCUGAGUUUGUAUGAAAGAUUUUGAGAAUUUAUGAAAUCAACAAACUCAAGGUUGGAUUUGUAUAUCCCAAAACGGUAUGCCUUUUCCUCUUCACUCUUAUAUUUUCGGCCAUAUUUGUCCUGCCACCUUUGAUAUCUGUGCCUCAUGGCUUUGGGGUCACCCUCUAGAGGCUUGUACUCUUGGGCACAUGCUGUAGAUGAUAUGCACAAAAUGCACACCAUGAAAAAUGUUAAGCUAGCACGCUCUAACAUCAUAAAAUGUUUGCUUGUCGAUAGUCUUGAGAUUAACAAUAGUAUUGAUUUCUAGUUUGUGUUUUCUACGUGUUUGAGUUCAAGUCUUGUUUAUAGUACUACGAUUCGAGGUGGUUUUGAAACGGAUAGUAUUGUUUUGCUCAUGCUUUUUGUGCUUGUGAAUUUUGUUAAGGCUUCUUUAUUGUGUACUUAUGAUGAAUGAAGUGUUUAGGCUACAUAUAGAGGUGUUGUAUUCACUACGCUAACCCACAGAUAGAGUGCUGCUAUGUUGUGAUAUUUCGACUGGUGGAUAUCAUUUCGCAGGUUAUAUAUGACGAUAAAUGAUUUUUGCACUCUCAUUUUCUUUUCUUGCAGUUUCUUUUUGUUAGUCUUUGGAUGGAAAAUAAAAAUCAAGAAACAAAAACACAAGAGCGGAAAUCGGUUGUAGACUGAACUCGUUUGCUAUCUGACUAGCCUACAUAUUAAACAGCACGUCGGAUAACAAGUAUGGCCUUAAGUUGCUGUCCAAAAUUUAGGAGUGCAAUUUGGGUUGGGUCAACCUGAAUAUGUCCAUGCCCAUUUCAAAUCCGAUCGGACAGGUUAUAAUGAAGAAAAAAAGCCCGCCCAAACACAAUCAAACCUCAACAUGAUCAUUUAUUGGGUGGGUUGGGUUGUUGUCUUGCUCGGCCAUGUCAACCCCAACCCAACCCGACUUUUUGAGUCUGAAUUCACUCAAGCACAUAAUAUACCCUCCCACUUCAUAUUAUAUAAGUUUUGGAAUGACUAUACUUGAACUUUAUUGUUGGUUUUCAUAUGGGUAAUAACAAAUGAAGUUUUACUUUGAUA